CACAUCACACACUCUCCCCCACCACCUGCCGCUAAACGCCAUGCAAAUUUUGAUGAUGAACACCAAACAUCGCACUCAAAUUCACACUCUUACCAGUUAUUAUCAAUUCUACAUUACCAUUAACCCAUCUUUCUAUUUCUUCCUAAUUUAUAUCCUCUCAUUCAAUUUUGUUUUCUCUUCACCUAAAUCUCACCCUACCCUGUUAGGAAUUCAACCCACCUCCUUAAUUUGCAGUUGAAUUCCACUUCAAAUUAUGCGUUUUUUGAUCGAAUUUUGAAGAAAUUAUGGCAAUGAAGAACAUUACAUUGGUUUCCAGCAGUUGGGUAUUGUUCAAUUCAGAAGGAGAGAGUAAAAAUUUGGAAUUGGAUAAGUAUUCGAUUCUUAGACGUUUGAGAAUUCAUGCUAGGGAUUUGAGAAUUUUGGAUCCUCUGUUGUCGUACCCUUCUAUUAUUCUGGGUAGAGAAAGAGCUAUUAUUGUGAAUUUGGAGCAUAUCAAAGCAAUUAUCACCGCAGAGGAGGUAUGGCUUCGGGAUCCAUUAGAUGAAAAUGUGAUUCCAGUGGUUCAAGAGUUGCAUAGAAGGUUGGCUGUCCGAGGUUCCUUUUUGGAAGGGCUUGGGGAGGAGGAUGAGCAAGCGGCUGAUUUCCCGUUUGAGUUUCGGGCACUAGAAGUAAUGCUAGAAGCAAUUUGUAGCUAUCUGGAUGCUCGUACCACCGAUUUGGAAACUGCUGCCUAUCCGGCUUUAGAUGAGCUUACUUCUAAGAUUAGCAGCCGAAAUCUGGAUAGAGUGCGUAAAUUGAAGAGUGCAAUGACCAGGUUGACAAACCGGGUUCAAAAGGUCAGGGAUGAACUCGAACAACUCCUUGAUGACGAUGAAGAUAUGGGAGAUCUUUACCUGUCGAGAAAAUUAUCGCGUAAUUGUUCACCUGUCAGCAUCUCUUGUGCCUCAAACUGGUUUCCUACCUCACCUGCCGUCCGUUCAAGGGUAUCCAGGACAAGCCGUGCAAGUGGAAUAUCGAUUCAUGAGGAAAAUGAUGUUGAGGAACUUGAGAUGCUUCUUGAGGCUUAUUUUAUGCAAAUUGACAGUACGAUGAACAAACUGACCACUCUUCGUGAAUAUAUUGACGAUACCGAGGACUACAUUAAUAUUCAGCUUGACAACCACAGAAAUCAGCUGAUUCAGCUCGAGCUUUUCCUUAUCUCUGGGACUCUUUGCUUGUCUGUAUAUUCCUUAGUAGCUGCAGUAUUUGGCAUGAACAUCCCUUACUCAUGGAAGGAAAACCAUGAAUAUUUAUUCAAAUGGGUGGUCAUCCUCGCGGGAAUGGCAAGUGGAUCCGUCUUCAUAUGGAUAAUGACUUACGCUGGCCAUAAAGGUCUUAUUGGGAUUUGAAUGAUGAAAAAUGGCAUGAAGAAAGGAGGUGCUGAGAAAAAUCAUACGGGCCAACUCGACAAUAAUAUGUAUUGUCAGAUUGAAGGGCCGGGAAAAUAUGUUAGCUUUAGAGAUAUCGUACAGAGCGGCGUAAUGCAGUAGAAUAUUUAUUUCUUACUGUAUAUUGCUACAUGAUACUUCUCAGAACCAUUGUGAAUGAAUUUUCAUUGUUCUAAAGAAGAAAUUUUUAGAUGCAA